AUGGCAGGUAUUGUCAUUACCAUACAGCAUCCAAAAGAUAGACCGUACACAAACGAUGAACUCUAUUAUCUAGCAAUAUUAUUCACAGUUGUCAAAGUAUUAUUUAUGAAAGGAUCGCUCUCUGUUUUACGUGGUAUGACGAGAUUAUUAGAUCCUUGUUACAAAGAUAGAGAUUUACACAAGACAUUGAUACGUAAUGAAGCAGCUUAUUAUGUGACAAUAAGUCGACUGAUGACUAUCGAUAUCAAUCCUGUGCCAGCGUCACCAAAAUUCAUCUAUUUCGCAUCAGAUAGUCAUUGUUUAACCCCGGCGUGGCGAAGCAUACAAUAUAAGGGUUCUACUCAUUUUAUCCAUCCAAUGCUUGCCACGGGAUGUAAAAUAUGGCAUCUAAGACCGGAAGGCAUGUUCUAUCCAAAAGAAAACUUCUUCACCAUAAUGAAACGUGUUCCCAAGAAGUCUACCGUGAUAUUCAACCUGGGAGAGAUAGACUGCAGGGAGGGCAUUAUAUAUGCUGUUGAUAAAUGCAAAUACGAUAGUCUUGAGGAAGGCAUCAAUAAAGUUAUUGAGAUCUACCUGACUGUGGUUAAGAAACUAAAAAGCCUGAAGCGCCUGAAGGUGUUUAUACAUCCCGUCAAUCCAGUGAUGGAUAUCACCAGACAAAUUGUGAUCAAGUUCAAUGCAAUGUUAAAAGAAGCUGUCGAGCAAACUGAUGGGAUGACUUGGUUGGAUUUUGUAGAUGACUUGUUGGUUGGCAGCGAUAGAUGCUUAGAUCCGCAAUAUUAUCUUGAUGAAACUCACCUGCAUCCACAUUAUUUGCCUCUAUUGGAGACAGCACUAAACAGAAAAACAAGCUGACCUUGAUGUAGUACUUCUAGGUACUAAGAAACUUCCACCAAAAAUUGUAAUUUUUUUUUUUUUAAUCUCAGAUUAGUUUAAUGAUAAACUAAUUUUAUAUAAUAGAAAUCCUUUAUCAAUAAUAUUUUGUGUAAUGACUGAAUGUCAGGUUCAUACAUGUGUCAGAAUGUCUACCAAAAAUAUUUACCCAGG